AUGGGACAGGUCCGAGAGACGAUGACGGCGGCGAUCGAGCUCUCCGCCGACGGUUUCCUGCAGCAAAUCAACGAGUACGAGUGCAUCAGGGACCUCGGAUCGGGAGCCACAGCCGAGGUGAAGCUUUGUCGAAGGGUGGACAACCAGACGGGCGAGGAGGAGUGGGUGGCGGUGAAGGUCUUCAACAAGUCGCUGCUCAACCGACAAGCUAGGGGCUUUGCGUUCGGACGGCGAAAAAAGGACUCAAAGAGAGACUCGCAAGUGCUGCAGAACGUCCGUCGUGAGGUGGCCCUGAUGAAGAAGCUGGUGCACCCGAACGUCGUGCGGCUGCUGGAGGUGAUCGACGACCCGAAGAAUGAUCUCCUCUUCAUGGCGAUGGAGUUCGUCCACAACGGUCCCGUGAUGGUGUGGGACGAGGCCACGGGGCAGUACCUGAGCCCCGCCACGGGAGGCGUCUUGCCGCCCAAGACCGCCGCGGUCUACUUCAGGGGAAUGCUCGACGGACUGGAAUUCUUGCACGGGAACCACGUCGUGCACCGAGACCUCAAGCCGGAGAACGUCCUCUUGACCAAGGAUGGCGUGGCGAAGCUCGCCGACUUCGGAGUAGCGCAAGUGUUCGAUGAGCAAGAAAUACCGCCGGCGGCGGGCGGCGGCGGGGGCGGCAGCGGGGGGAACGGCGAGUCCCCUUCCACGGCGGCGGUGACGGCGGAGUCGGCGCAGCGACAUAGGCAUCAGCUGACCCAGCCCGAGGGCACCUGGUGCUUCUGGGCGCCGGAGAUCUGCACCUCCUCCACGGCGGCCAAUGAGCGGGCUCUCAUGGCCGCCGAGGCCAGGGCGAAGGGGGCGGAGGCAGCCAAGGCCUUGGCCCUGGGAAGCGGCGUGUCUUCAGAACCCAGUCCACUGAAUAGCAUGACGACACCGAGUCCCAUCAUGGAAGGGGAGGUGUUCUCGACUGACAGCAACGGCAACGGUCUGGACGGCAACGGUAGAGCCUCGCAAGGUUCAGAGCGACAUAGCUUGCAACGGCAAGGGACGUACAACGCCUUCGCCGCCGAUGUGUGGGCGGCCGGGGUGUGCCUCUGGGUCUUCCGGUUCGGGACGCCGCCCUUCUACAACACGGACCCUUCCAACCUGUUCGUGGAGAUCUGCCGGCAGCCGCUGCUGUUCCCGCGCAGCGUGGACGAGGGGGAUGAGGAGGUGCUGAAGCAGGAGGCCAAGGAGGCCAGGAGAAGGGCCAGGAGGGCGGCCGCCGCUGCGAAGGCGGCGGCGGCGGAAGCUGAACAAGCGGCGGUCGAAGCGGCGGAGGAGCUAGCAACGCGGCGGGGCGUAAGGAGGGGCAGCAGCGGCGGCGGCGAGGACGACGACGUGCCUAAGCCUCCUCCUUCUCUGCGGCCGAUACAGAUACCCGAGGACGGGGAUGCAGAAGUGGACGACAUGAUUAGGGGAGGCGGCGGCAGCAGCGGCGGUGGGGGAGGCGGCGGCGGCGGCGGCGGCGGCGGCGGCUUAAACAAGAAGCAGCUGCCGCGCCGAAGCUCGCACCUGAGGUCGGACACCUCCGGCGGUAUGGUCUCGACCAUUGCUCCGACAACGACGACAAUGACGAUGUCCUCGACGUCCUCAGCGACGGCGACCUCCACCGCGCCGUCCUUCUUCUCGUCGUCCUCUUCGAUGACCAUAUCGGCGGCGUCGGGGGUGCCCACCCCGGACCGGCGGACGUCAUCGAGCGCGGGCGUCGGCCGCAGCAGCAUCAGGGGCAGCGGCGGCGGCGGCGGUGGUGGUGGCAAGGCCCCGCCGACCCGAUCGGUGUCGUCGCCGCUCAUGAUACGCGACGAGAUGUUUUCCUCGGCAGAGAUCACGGGGCGCCGGAGGAUGGGAGGGACGGGGAGCGGGACCGUGGGAGAGAAGGACCCGGCUGCGGCUGCGGCGGCUGCGGCGACGCCGGGGACUCUCCGGAACCUGCUGUCGUCGCUGCUGCACAAGAAGGUGUCGGAGAGGACCACGGUGCGCGAGGCCCAGGAGCACCCGUGGAUGCGGCGGAUGGCGUCGAGGAAGGGCGGGGACGGCGCCGGGUUGGACGGCCGAGGGGGAGGCACGAGGCGGGGUCAGCCCCCUCCGUUCAAGCAGGUGUCGGUGACGGCGGGCGAGGUCAAGGGAGCGAUCGUCCACAUCAACAGCCUCUUCGUCAUCUCGAUGGUGAAGAGCAGGCUCACGCAGCGCCUCACGAGGGCACGGAAGAACAUCGCGCGGCGGCGGCAGCAGGCCACGACCGGGGACAGAUACGGCCCGAGCCUGUCGGACACUGAACAGGAACACCUGAGGGAGGUCCGAGAACUUACCGAGGCCCUCACCAAGGACGAGGCAGUACUUAUCAACCACGACCUCGCCAACGAGCCAGAACGAUCGCUGUCAGACAGCGAUUUACCCACGGCAACGUGCAGCGGUACCUGGGGAAGCCGAAACAGCGAGCACGCCACCGGGGAUGGCGGAAUCAGAAGCGACGACGAUGGUGGUGGUCGGCAACGCGACCGUCGCGGUGGCGAUGGCAGCGGCGGCCGAAGUCGAAGCGGCGGCGGUGGCGGCCGUAGUCGAAGCGGCGGCGGCGGUGGACGUAGUCGCGGCAGCGGCGGCGAGCGUCAUCACAGCAGUCGCCGCAGCACCAGCGGUCCCAGUACCAGCGCCGCGCUGCCCUACCAGCUGUACGCUCGCUCUGCGUCUCGCGUGGCCGGUCGCGCGGGCGUCCACGACGCGAUCACCAACUUCUUCGGCGCCCCCGGCGGCGCGGGCGAUGGCGGUAGCGUCCCCGCGGGCGGCGGCGGUGGCGUCCCCGCCAGCAGCGGCUACCGCGCCAGGGGCGGCGGCGGCGACCCCAGGGGCGAGAAGGGACGGUCCUCGAGGACCCACAGCAAAGGCGGGCGGCGGCGGCGGCGACGAGAGAAGCCGACGGUGGCAGAGGAGGAGUCUAUCCGAAUGGCGACCGCGGCGGCGGCCUUCGAGGAGGAGGCGCCGCCCAGCGGUGGCGUGGCCGGCCUGACGGGGCUCACGUCGCUCUCGAAGAGCUUGUCGAACCAGCUGCCGGGGACCUCGGCGCCGCCGCCACCGCCACCGCCGGCGGCGCCCGCGGUGCCGGCCUUCGGCUUCGGCCCGGCGUGGCCGUUAUCGGGGCUCGUUUCGCUGCAGAGAGACGCGUCGGGGGACAGCGUCGUUGGCCUUGAUGGCAGCGGUGGCCACGGCGUUACUAGAAGGACGGCGGGUUCCGGUGGGUUGUUUCCGCCGCCGUCGGAGGCCGCAGAAGGAGGGGGGCAGGAGGAGGGGCAGGGAGUCGCGGAAGCAGCGGCGGUGGCGGAGGGGUCGAAGUCGCGGGCGAAGAUAUACUCGAGGGCGCGAUCGAUACGGUCUAUCGCGAGCGCCCGAGGCUUCGAGAGCUCGUCUGGAUCGGACUCUGGGACUCUCAGCAGCGACUUUACUCCCAGCGACGAAGACGAGGAGGACGACGACUACUACUACGAUGAGGACGAUGACCGCUCCUCCGAGCUGUCCGAGAGAGAAGAGAGAGAGGAGAGGGACAAGGACGCCCUCAGCAGCAUGCUCCGGUACGCGAAUAGAAGCAUGGCCAACUUCGGCAGCGAGGGCAGCAGCCCGGCCGGAAACAACCAGCGGACACGGGGCAGCUUCCGGGUGUUCGGCAUCAAGCGCCGCACCCUCAAGAUCAAGCAACAAAUACCCAAGAUGUCGCGCAUGGGCAUUUCCCGCAGCGGCAGCAACGGCAGGCGGGAGCGAGAGGGAAGGAGCGGGGCGGCAGCAGGCCGUCAUUCCGACCCGGUGGUCGACGAUGGAGUCGGCAUCAGAGGAAUGGUCAUGGCGAUGCCCAUGGAGCGCAAGCUGAUGUCGGAUUCGCCAUCAAGGAUCAGCGGUCGGCUUAGCGGAGGCGUUCUCGGGAUGAAGAGAGGCGGCGGGGCAGGGCCUCGAAGUGGGAAGUCCCCGGGCAGGCGUGCAGACGAUAGCGGCGUCAGCGGCGGCACGCCGCCGGACGACGGCGGGACCCGGCGGUGGAGAUAG